AUUGGCAGUGUUUGAAUCUUCCAAAAUUGUCACUAUUUUAUGGUACUCAUUUUAAGCGGACCAUUCAACCCUCUGUUUGUUGUUCAUGUAUUUUGGGGAUUGUUUUGUAAUUACGUCGCUGAAUUAUGUUAUACUUAUUUUUCCUUUUCUCUGGAUAUCUGUGUUUAGCAACUACCUUAACAUUCCGGUUGUAGAAAACUUCAAAUAUUCUGAUAAUCAUUCGGAAUUAUUUGAUGAGUCGACCGGUUUUUCUUAUGACCCCAUGAGUCCUUUGGUUAAAUGCUCUUAUCUUCCUCGUCAUUCCAUUUGGUGUGAACCUCCCUUAGAUUUAAGAAGUAACAAGUCGCAAUACGAUGAAUUGAAAUACGGAUGUUUAAAAUGGGGCGGAAAAGCGACAGAUUCGGUUAUGCUCACAUCACUUGUGUGUCAUGCUUUGGACAAUAUUGAGUGCUACGGGAAUCGUACCUUUUUGUUACCCGAUUAUCCCUGCCUUCAUUACAAAGGACAUUACUUUGUAACAACAUUCAUAUACAGCUUACUACUAGGAUUUUUUGGUGUUGACCGGCUAUGUCUGGGUCAUACUGGUACAGGCCUCGGUAAACUCCUAACGUUGGGUGGGGCCGGUAUUUGGUGGAUAGUGGAUAUCGUCCUUCUCAUUCGUGGCGAUUUGGGUCCAGCUGAUGGGAGUUCCUGGAUGCCAUUUUACUAGAGUUAUGUAAAAUUGCUCAUUAAAAAACUUAAUUCCUAUUGUCUUGCUUUGUUUUUAAGGUAUUGGCUGGUUUAAAAAUCACAGCAUUAAUUUGAAUGUCAGGAAGUGAUUUUCGUCUGCUUGAUGAUGACACUCAGUUCAUGGACAAGUAUCCUAAUGGGCUUUCUUUAGUUGAUUUGCUGCCAUUUUAUGACUCCAUCGCUAAAAAUGAACCGCUUAAAUUAGAAUGGGUUUGUCCAGGGAAGAUCGAUCCUAACGUUCAGAGGGAAACAACCAAAAUUCGUACCGAAACAAAUGAUAAUCCUGCCCCGAAGGUUUCAGAAUCCUUAACUAGUAUUGUAAAGCUAAAGGAGUUCGACUUUGAUGAGUCUCCAAAUCAACCAUCUAUUCCUUCAGUUCCACUUGGUGCUGCUGCUCAAAAUGCAAACUUGCCACUUAGACGUCUAGCAGGCACUUCCAGACAUCCGCCUCGUCAACCGCGUGUAGCUAGUAUGGAUAAAAUAUUAAAUGACUUUUUCAAAACGCGCAAAGAGCCUUCUUCCCCUGCGGUUGUGACUGAAAUAUCCACUUCAUCUAUUGCUCCAAGUGCUGUACAUUGUAUUCCAUCGUCUGAAAUUUCCCAGCAAUAAUAACUCCGAACAGGAUAAACAAGAAGCCCUUGUUGCUGAACUAGCUAAAGCUUCAGUGUCACCACAAGUUUAUAAUCAUCCAGAUAAUAUACCUUCAGAUUUCACACCACACGACAAUUCUAAUGUACGAAUUACCUCAAUUGAUCAGGAGAUUUCUGCUUCUGUUGUAAACAUUUGUGAUGAAAGAAUAAUGGAACGUCAUAAAUUAGAAGGUACAGACCUUUAUAUUAAUAACACUAAUUCUUCCGAUUACUCUGCCAUGAAUGUUUCAGACAUUCCAUUCACCUCUAUUACUGUAAAUAAUAUGUCCCAAAGUGAGAAUGAGACACCACAUUAGAGUUACUUAAUAGGUGUGGUGUAAAUCCCAGUUAAUAGAAUAUAUUUUCAAACUCUGCCAACUAAAUAGUCGCAUUUUUGUGAAAUAUUUAUUUAGCGAAAAAACAAAUGCAUAACUGUACAUAGAAUUCUUGUACACUGGAUACAUUUUAUGUGGUUGUUUUUCUGUUAUUUAAAUAAAUAAUCGACAGGUAUUCA